AUGCCUGAAGGUGAUGCUGCUGUUGCCGUCGCUGAGGAGGUGAAGAAGAACAACCAUGUAGAUGGGAAAACAUUGGACAAUGAGUUGGAGGUUGUUGAGGGAAUGAAGCUAGAUAGGGGCUACAUAUCCCCUUAUUUCAUCACCAACCAGAACAAUCAGAAAUGUGAAUUGGAAAAUCCUCUAAUCAUAAUCCAUGAGAAGAAAAUCUCAAGUAUUAAUGAUGUGGUUAAAGUAUUGGAGUUGGUUUUGCAGGUUAGCAUUUCUCUGGUUAGGUUCACUAGUUUCUUCGUUUUUACUAUGAAUUGGUUGACAAACUUUUGCUCCUUUUCAGAAGCAAAGUUAUGAUUUCAGAUCUGUAGAUAACCUGUUGUUGCUGAUAUUGCUACACGGGAGGAGAACAGAACAACUUGGAAAAUGUGCAAGAAGGGAGAGCUAACUCAUACAACGAAGAACAAAUUGAUGAAGUUAAGAUCAAAUUAGUAGAAUUUGUGAGCUCUCCAUUAUUUAUAAUUAUAGGUAGGAAGUAUGUAUGUAAUAGAGCAAAGAUUGGUUGACUAUGUAAUAACAAUUGAAUUGUCAAGUUUUAUGAAAGAAAUAAUUUUUGCUUCUU